AUGUCGGAUUCUCUUGCCCAGACUCUCUGGAACGCGCGGGUUCCCCUCUACGUCAACCAUGCGUCGUCGCCAACGACGCCGUUCAUCACGAGCAUUCCUCGAUUCAGCUACCUGGCGCUGCUGCUCCCUCGACUGUCGGCAUUCUUCCAGACGACGUGCUCGAGCUUUCAUUUCGAAGAGGUGCAGCUCCGGAACUUCCCCGCCGGUCUGCUGAUGGAUCUGUACCAGCCCAGUUUGCCUUGGCGGCUGACGGUCAGCGACGGGGUGGGAUGGGACAUUGCCGAUACAUUUCUCAACUGCGCCAAAGAAGCCGACUUCAUCCGCAACGGCAACGCGAACCAGAUCAUGAAGAUGUCCAAGGAGCACACGACGCAACUGUGGCACGCCGUCAUGGACAACGACUACACCUCCUUCAGCAAGGUCCAAAGCCGUCUGCUGAACGCUCCGACGGCGCUCAAGCACGUCCCCAUCCGCGUCUUUGUUCCCUCCAAGCCUCCAGACCCGGCCGAUGCCGAGGCCGACGUUGAGGCCGGCGCCGACGCCAGCGCCGGGGACCGAAGGGUAGCCGUGGCCGGGUCCUUUGCCGUCGUCCAGUCCCUCGCGCCGGCCAUGACUCCGGACCGCAGGCCAAAGCUGCUCGGCCAAGCGCUCAAGGAUGCGAUGCCGAGGCUCUUCCCCAGUAGCCGCGACCCCGUGCUGGCGAAUGUGUUGCUGCACGGCGCACCCGUACCCUUGGUGGCCCCCUUGGCGGAACUCAUGAAGGAGGCGGCCUACCCCGAUGGCUGGCUGUACUUGGUCGUCACAGUCUGA